GCAUCAGGGACUUCGGUGCGGCCUGGAAGGAAGCUGUGCAGGGUUUGGUGUGUGACGAUGGCUGCACCGGUGACUUUUGCCCCAAGUGUGCUGAAGAUAAGAAACGCAUCUUUGAGGCCGACUGCAGCAUCAUCAGAAAUCCAAGUGGCCCCUUUGCUGCCUGCCUCAGUGUCAUUAAUCCUGAGUCCUAUUUCAGAGAUUGUGUUUAUGACGUUUGCAUGGGUGAGGGAGACCGCAACAUGCUCUGCCACAGCAUUGCUGCAUAUGUGUCUGACUGCCAGGACUUUGGAGUUGCCAUUAAAGACUGGAGGACCCCAACCUUCUGUCCCUUGUCAUGCCCUGCCAACAGCCACUAUCAAAUCUGUGCCCAGACCUGUGACGCACCCUGUCCUGGCCUCACAAGUAUCGUCAGCUGCCCCGUUACCUGUGCAGAGGGAUGUGCCUGUGACUCUGAUUCUUACUUCAACGGGACAGGCUGCAUUAAAUGGGAUGAGUGCGGCUGCUACUACGACGGACGAACCUACAAGGUGAGAUGAUGACGUGCUUACUGCAAAGGGGCUGUGUUAAUCAUCUCGUUGAUCAUCUCAACACUGGACUAGAUGAACACAUACUCAGGUGAUCACUCUCUCUCCCUCAGAUUGGCGAGUCUUCGAUCAACGAGGACUGCAGUGAGCGCUACACCUGUCUGCCCUCUGGCACGAUGAAGCGAGAACAUGUCCACUGCAACAGCGAUGAAGUCUGCAAGGUGAAGGACGGUGUCCGCAAGUGCUACCCCAAAGUCCAUCAGUGCUCAGUCGCAGCCAGUGGAGACCUCACCAUGUUUGGUGGGAAGGGGGGCACCAUUGAUGUAAUGGGGGCUUUUGAGAUUGUGAAAGUGUGUGAUGGAGCUCUGGUGGAGGAGUGGUUCCGUGUGGUGGUGCAGCUUGAGGAAUGUGGGCACAAUGGCCUCAAACGAGUUGCGGCAGUCGACAUCUUCUUUGAGGACCUGGUCAUCAUCAUAAACAGCAAGCAUGAGACCUGGGUGACUACUAUUUGUCUGUUGAUCUAUGAAAUAAUUAAGCUUCAAAAUGCUUGUUUUUUUUCCCUCAGUGCCAACACACCCAUGUUUUAAGCUUUUUUUUUA